AUGUCAUAGCACUGAAAUUGCACACCCAUCAAGGCGAUAUAAAUAGGCCCGGGAGUCAAAUGGAAGUCAGUAGCAAGCCGUCAACGUCAAGCAACGUAUAACUUCCUGAUCAACCAGAAGCAUUUCGAAAAAAAGAAAUAUCAUGUCGACCACCAACAACGAAGCCAGCCAAUUAUUGCAGCGUCUGAGCAGCCUGAAGAUUGUGGAAACUCCCAAGGACCAGAAGGAAGUCGGCGCUACUCGGGAAUGCUACUCACUGGACAGCAAGAAAUUCCAACGGGUCCAACCCACCACCCCAUGCAGUGGCGGACCCGGAAAGUUUGACACCGAUUUAAAGAAACGCCGCAAAAUCAAGCGCAACAACCGCAUCCACACCUACGAGGCCGACAAACACUUUAUCAAGGCACGCAAAUCCUUGAGCUUCUAAUCGCAAUAGGCCCCGAUGUAAUCAACAUAGUCAUAAGCAGCCUUUUGAUUUCAAAUCAAAUACAUUUACUAGUUUUCUUCCGUACAAUAAAAAAUAUUUCAAAAUAAA